AUGGACCAAAAUAUGUUAUCACUUGUUCUUUUAACAUGUCCCCUCUUGCUAUUGUUCUUCCUCUGGAAAUGCAGAACAACAAAGAAAUCAACCUUUCCACCAGGUCCUAGAGGCCUUCCAUUCAUUGGUAAUCUAUAUCAACUUGACGUUUCUUCUCUUUGUGUGAAACUCUACGAACUCUCAAAAGAAUAUGGCCCUAUCUUUUCCCUUCAACUGGGUUCAAGGCCAACCCUUGUUGUCUCCUCACCUAAACUAGCCAAGGAGGUAAUGAAAACUCAUGACCUUGAGUUCUGUGGCCGACCUUCCUUAAUCAGCCAAAUGAAAUUUUCAUAUAAUGGGUUAGACAUUGUUUUUUCUCCAUACAGAGAUUAUUGGAGACACACGAAGAAAAUCUCCAUUAUCCAUUUCCUUAGCCUAAAGCGUGUCUUAAUGUUUUCCUCAAUAAGAAAAUAUGAGGUUACUCAAUUGAUCAAAAAGAUAUCAGCACACGCUUCUUGCUCCAAAGUUACCAACAUGCAUGAGUUGCUGACGUGUCUCACGAGCAAUAUAGUGUGUAGAACUACUUUGGGUAGAAGGUACGAAGAGCAAGGAAUUGAGAGGAGCAUGUUCCAUGGCUUGCUUAAAGAAGCGCAAGAGUUGGCAGUUUCCUUCUUCUACACCGACUAUAUUCCUCUUCUUGGGGGGAUGGUUGAUAAGCUCACUGGAUUAAUGGGUCGUCUAGAGAAAAUGUUCAAAGUGUUUGAUGAGUUCUACCAGAAUGCUAUUGAUGAACACCUUGAUCCCAAAAGGGAGAAACUUUCAGAUCAAGCGGAUGUAAUAGAUGCCUUGCUUCAACUCAAGAAUGAUCGUUCCUUCUCCAUGGAUCUCACUCCUGCUCACAUUAAACCUUUGAUCAUGAACUUGAUUUUUGCUGGGACAGAUACAAGUUCAGCCGCAGUUGUUUGGGCUUUGACUGCAUUAAUGAAGAACCCGAGAGUAAUGGAGAAAGCUCAAAAAGAGAUUAGAAAUGAGUUUGAUGGGAAGGGGUUUAUAGAGGAAGAUGAUAUCCAAAAGCUUCCUUAUCUUAAGGCUAUUGUAAAAGAAACACUGAGAUUGUUUCCACCUGUGCCUCUGCUUAUACCAAGAGAAACGAACAAAAGGUGUAGCAUUGCAGGAUACGAAAUUCCAGAGAAAACAUUGGUGUAUGUGAAUGCUUGGGCAGUGCAUAGAGACCCUGAAACAUGGAAGGAUCCAGAAGAGUUUUAUCCUGAGAGAUUCCUCGACAGCACCAUAGAUUUUAGGGGAUAUGAUUUCGAGCUGAUUCCAUUUGGUGCGGGUCGAAGGGUUUGCCCGGGCAUAAAUAUGGGAGUUAUCACCGUGGAGCUUGUACUUGCUAAUCUUCUUUAUUCCUUCGAUUGGGAAAUGCCCAAAGGGAUAAAGAGGGAAGACAUCGACUUUGAUAUGCUUCCGGGACUUGUCCAGCACAAGAAAAAUCCUCUCUUCGUUGUUGCUAAGAAACCAGUGUGA